AUGGAUUCCAAAGCCUCUCUCCCACUCACUCACGCUGAGGAGGCCGCACCACCCUCCUACACAGAACCAACAUGCAACUUCCCAUCCCCCACAACCCAAUACUACAGCGCCAACAUCCACACCCAACUCCUCUCCCUCACGAGGGAAAUCAGCACCUUGCAAACCAAACGAUCCCUCCUUUCGCAAGCGCAAGACGAGAAGAUGCUCUCCCUCCUCGCCGCCGAGAUCCAAACCUUCUUCUCUGAUUUCGCGGCGUCCGGCAAGCAACGCGGGACUCUGAUAUUAGUCCCUGCGAGCGCGUUGCCGGAUCAGAGUGCCAGGCCCGCGGAGUAUGAUUUUAGGGAUCCGCGGGAAUAUGAUGGCGUUGCGAGGGUGCGGGAUAGAGAAGCUGUGGACGGGGUCGGGGGAUGGAAUGAGGAGGAUCUGUGGUAUUGGAAAGAUGAGGAGAUGGCAGGAAGGUUGGCGGCGUAUUUGAGACCUGCCCCUCCUCCUGACUUGGCCAGGAAGGAGUGGUCGCCCAGGAAAGAGGAAACAGAAAUCAAAGCAAGUGAACAGGCGCAGGAACAGGCUGAGAGUAGUGGAAGAUGGAGAUGGGGGAGGAUGAAGCGUGCCACUAGGAGUAGUGGUGAAAGCCCAAUUUUGACGCAGGACCGAGAUGCUAAAGUUUAUCCGGGUGAGGAUAUGGCCACUUCGAGUGGAGAAGAUAGGGUGUUGAUGGAUGUUAAUGCCGAUGAAGUGACGUUCAGGACGGAGAACGAUCUCGGCCUUUUUGAAACGCAGACGGGAUGGGCCAUCGUGUUGAAGUUGAAAAUCGAGAUGGGGAGAAGAGAAGAUGGGGCAUACUGA